AUGGCCCAGGACAUAAGCACGUCGCAGGACAAUAUCGUAGCACUUCUGCGCACUUCUCUGGACCAGUCUUUCAGGGCCAUACUACCAGACCAUGAGCUUCGACGCCCUCUCACACCCCCGCUUCCCGUAACCCCUCCCACCACGCUGGUUGAAGCCUAUUGGGGCCGGCGGAGUGGAAAGACUCGAAAACCCACGAACGAUCAAGAGCAAUGUCUCCUUCUCAACAAGCUACCAUUAGAGCUCCGAGAAAAAAUCUACAAAGAGGUUCUCGGCGACAUGAACAUCCACCUCUUCAUUUUCGAGAACAAGAUACGCAGCGUUGUCUGCCCCCGUGCGCCGAACACCACGGAAGAUGACGACUAUUACUGGUACACAGGAGACGAAGAACACAAGACCGAAGACGAGGAAGAAGACCCGUACAUCCUCAACCAUUUCCUCAGACACACCAAAGGCGUGCGCCGCCCCAGAAACCGCUGCGAUUUCUGCGACUCCAACCGACUCCGCUCCACCUACAUCUCCACGGUCCCGAGACUCCCGCCCACGUGGGGCAUCGGACCCAACUUCCUCCCCCUGCUGCUCACCUGCAGAAGAAUCUACGCCGACGCCAUCCCCACCCUCUACUCCCACCCCACCUUCUCCACCAACCACAUCUACACCCUCACCGACUUCCUCCUCGCCCUCCCUCCCCCACGCCUCGCCUCGUUGCGCUCGCUCCACCUGGUCUGGCCCGUCCCGCUCAACGAGCGCCACUACCCCGCUUCUCAUUCUUCUUCUGAUUCUUUUACUUCUUCUGCCACCUACGCUUCUUUCAUCUCUCCUUAUUUCGCCUCUGCUUCCGCCUCCGCUCCCGACCUCACCCCGCCACCCUUCGGCCUCGCGCCCCCGCACGACCGCGUCACCUGGACCGCCUUCUGGACCCUCGUCGCGACACGGGCGCCGUGCCUGCGGCAGGUGGCGGUCGAGCUGGUCGAGCGCGGGUGGUGGCGGCGGAGGGAGUGGGAGGCCGUCAUCCGGCCGGUCGCCGUGGUGUUUGGUGGAGGUGGCAAAAAGGCGCGCGCGCGGAGGUCCGGCGGGGAGGAGGAGGAGGAGGAUGAUGAUGGUGAUGAUGAGUAUGGCCAUGCGGUGAGGGUUGAGGGGUUGGUGAGGUUUCAGCGGUUGGGGGAGGAGGAUGAAGAGGGGGAGGAGGAGGAGCCGGGACGGAUGGGGUGGAAGGAGAAGAAAACGAAGAGGAGGGUGUGGAGGGAGAAGAGGUGGAGGGUGGGGCAGGGGUGGGACGAGGCGAAGUGGGUGGAUGGGUGGGAGGAGGGGGAGGAUGAGCGGGCUGGAGUGUUGGAGGGGAAGGGGGGGCAUCGCAGGUUUGUGCAGGGUGACACUUGCAUCCCUCCGCUUUGGUGGGAGUAG